AACUGUAAACCAAAGCUUAAACUCUCAACUAACGAUACUCCCAAAAAGCCGUUUUUGUUUGUUGCAGCAGUUGAUUCAGUUGUGAUCGAGAUCGGAGGAGUUAAAAUUUAAAAACAAUGCGGAUGAAGGAAAUGCAGCCGCUAUGUUGUAUAUCAUUGGAGAGUCCAGGCAUCGGCGACCAGUCACCGGAGAUUUCGUUGACUCGAUCUCGGAGCAUGCCGGUUGAGUCUUUAUCCGGAUCUGAAACGGGGAAUGCGACGAGGUUGACGACGGGAGGGUCCGAAGGUACCGUCGCUGGAAUUCUCUACAAGUGGACUAAUUAUGGGAAAGGAUGGAGAUCCAGGUGGUUUUUGCUUCGUAAUGGAAUGCUGUCUUACUCGAAAAUUUGCCGGUCGGAGAGUCUGAACAUCCCCUCCCCCGAUGAAGUCAGAUGGAUCGGUGAUAUCUCGACCAAUCGGCUUUUGAGGACCGACAGUUGUAGCGGUAGACGGAGGAACCAGAAAACCGUUGGCAUUGUUCAUUUGAAGCAGAUUUCAUCAUUCCGGGAGAGCAAAUCUGAUGAUAGACGGUUUUACAUUUUUACUGCUACAAAGACCCUUCAUUUGAGAACUGAUUCAAAGAAAGAUCGGGUUGCUUGGAUACAAGCUUUGAUAUCAACCAGGAGCAUCCUUCCGCUGAGACCAUUAAACGAUAAUCUCAACCUUGUACCCCAUGAUUUGUCUAUAUCAACUGAUAGGCUCAAGAAACGGUUGCAUGAGGAGGGAAUCAGUGAUAACCUUGUGAAGGAUUGUGAGAAGAUUAUGCUCUCAGAGUUCUCAGAGAUACAAGGGCAACUUAAAGUUCUUUAUGAAGAAAGAUCUAAUUUGCUCGACACAUUAAGGCAAUUGGAGGCAGCUAAUAUUGAAUCUGAAACCUCUGGAUUUCAAGGAGAAUAUCAGUUGACGAAGCAUGGAUAUUCCAAUUUGGGGCAUGGAAAUAGUGAAUGCAGCACUACAGAAUCAUCUGAUGAUGUAGAGAAGCAAGAGCUCGAGGAAGUUUUUCAUGAAGAUGGAACCUUGUUCUUUGAUACCAAAGAGUAUUUUACUGAAGCUGCAAUCGAUCAUGCAGAUAAUCUGAAAGAAACUGAAAAUCAAUUUGGUAAUGUGGAAAAGAUGCAUGCUGAUAAAGGAGAUUGUGAUUCCAGAUAUCCUCAAAUUGAGAGACGGAAAAAGCUUCCUGAUCCAGUCGAAAAAGAGAAAGGGGUUAGCCUUUGGUCUAUGAUCAAAGACAAUGUGGGAAAGGAUCUCACACGAGUAUGUCUCCCUGUUUACUUUAAUGAACCAAUAUCAUCCCUUCAGAAAUGUUUUGAGGACCUAGAAUAUUCUUAUCUUUUGGACCGAGCAUACGAGUAUGGAAAAGAAGGUAACAGUCUCCAGAGGAUUCUUAAUGUUGCUGCAUUUGCUGUUUCCGGGUAUGCUUCCUCUGAAGGCCGACAUUGUAAGCCCUUCAAUCCAUUGCUAGGGGAAACUUAUGAAGCAGACUAUCCUGACAAAGGACUUCGUUUCUUCUCUGAGAAGGUUAGUCAUCACCCAACCCUUAUUGCCUGUCGUUGUGAAGGGCGAGGGUGGAAAUUCUGGGGCGACAGUAACCUGUGCACAAAGUUUUGGGGGCGUUCAAUUCAGCUCGACCCUGUUGGAGUUCUGACCAUAGAGUUUGAUGAUGGUGAAAUAUUUCAGUGGAGCAAGGUAACAACUAGUAUUUAUAACCUUAUCCUUGGUAAAGUAUAUUGCGAUCACCAUGGCUUGAUGUGCAUUCAUGGGAAUCGCCAGUAUUCAUGCCAACUCAAAUUCAAAGAGCAAUCUAUUCUUGACCGGAACCCUCACCAGGUUCAUGGAUUUAUUGAAGACCUUUCGAGUAGAAAAGUUGCAACAUUAUUUGGCAAAUGGGAUGACAGCAUGUAUUACAUCAACGGUGAUGGCAAUGGCAAUGGCAAUGGCAGUGGCAAUGGCAAACCAAAGGACUGCAGUCCUCCAUCGAGUGCCACCUUGCUAUGGAAGAGGAACAAACCACCUCCUAAUCUGACUCGCUACAAUUUAACAUCAUUUGCAAUUACACUAAAUGAACUAACGCCUGGACUGCAGGAGAAGCUCCCACCUACGGACUCAAGGCUUCGACCAGAUCAACGCCAUUUGGAGAAUGGGGAAUAUGAUAGAGCAAACGCAGAGAAACAACGAUUAGAGAGGAGGCAGAGAAUAUCGAGAAAACUACAAGAAAAUGGGUGGAAGCCUAGGUGGUUCCAGAAAGACGAUGAAAAUGGAUCCUUCCGUUACGUGGGCGGUUACUGGGAAGCAAGAGAACAGGGAAAAUGGGAUGACUGUCCGAAUAUAUUCGGUGAAUUCGAAGAGCUUGUUGAUUCCUCUGAAUAAUAAUGCCAACUUCACUUCAAGAAUUGGCAUACAUUGCGGACAAUGAAUGACGGAGCAAAUCGAAUCGAUAAACACGUAAGUUGCUUCUGCAAAGAUUGCAGACAGUAGAUUCAUAUUGGUCGUCCCAAGAGACAGCCAAAUUAAGAAUAUGAACCUUCAAGUGAGUAGAUAUAGUAGGUAUAGGUGAGAGUCUGAAGAGUGGGAGUCCUUUGUGUAAUGUAAUGUCUCGAUAGUUCAUUUAUUCUAUAGUCCUUCACUCCAAAAUUUAAUUUCAUAAUUAUUUGUAUUUCCA